CCCGCGUCUAAUGAACGAUGCUAAGAAACGAGUUGUCGUGCUUUUUCAGUACGGUUGGUUUCUGACGGCCCCACUCGGUGUUGGUGAUGCGGGGGAGCUCCGAAAGUCCGGAGAGCCUCAUGCUGACACAAAGCACAAGAAAAACUGUGUGCCAGAGAGAGCAACUUAUAUGCUUGGAAGAGGACAGAAUGUGACUGCUCACGUGAGUAGUGCGUCUGCUCUAAUUUGCUAUGAUGUGUGACUAGCUUCCAAGUUUCGUGAGCUUGAGAUACCACGAUGUGGUUGUCCUGUUACAAAUGGGAAUGAGUGAC